CGAGCAUAAUCCAUGUUUUAAUCGAGAAAUCAAUUAGAUCGUGAAUAAUUGCGCAAUCACUUGAAGUUUUGUACGUGUUCUGUAUCGAUUUUAAAUAUUUUGCAAUGUUAACUUAAUUGCAAUUAACGAUGAGAUGGAGAUAAGCUUAGCAGAAACGGAUGAAAUUAAAAUACAAAAUGCUAAAUUAAUCCAAAGUUUGGGUCUUAAUGACGAUAAUUCAAGAUCUCCAAUCAAUUUGGACAUUAGUUAUAUGAAAGUAAUUGAAUUGAACCCUUUGGAAUGGAACGGUAUCGAUAUAGCUCCACGAAAAUUGAAAAUUACUAAUACAGGAUAUACAGUGAUAAUCAGCGCAAAAUGGCAAGAGAGACAUCCUUAUAUUUCCAAUGGACCAUUGCCGGGAAAUUACACGAUCUCACAAAUUCAUUUUCAUUGGGGAGAAAAUGAGAUGAUUGGUAGUGAACAUACCGUCGAUGGUGCAAGAAUGCCCAUGGAACUCCAUGCUGUACAUUUUAAGGACGAGUACGAUUCAUUGGAUGUAGCACUUCGACGACCCGACGGAGCCAUAGUUUUAGUAUAUUUUUUUAAGUUACAGGAUGGACCAAAUGAGUUCAUGGAAGAAAUUGUAAAAAACUUGAGUUCUAUUCAAGAAGCCCAUUCCUCUGCUCGCCUAGUUCCCAGAUUUCUAACAGAAAUUCUAAGACCAUUCAAAGAAGAUUACUUUUUAUACUGGGGUCCAAUAGUAACAGCGGAAAAUGUGCACAGAAUUCUGUGGCUAAUCUGCAGAGAACCAAUUGGAAUUACCUCUAAACAAAUCGCCGAGUUUCGUACACUGCACAACGAAAGAAAUGUGCCCAUACUGUCAAACAUACGUCCUCUGCAAGAAGUUAAGGAAGAAAACGUCUUCCAUGUUUGUCCAUCAGGUUCGACGUAUGCUUCACUAUUACCACUUCCACGAGAUGUGGUAGCCAAGCAAACAGAUGAAACGGACUGAAAAUGCUGCAACUACGGUUGUCAUUGGAAACAGUCAUCAUGGACUUUGAUGAAUCGCAGUCAGGAUACAAGGAUUCACAGUCGGCUCCACCUAGUCCUAGAACCGAAGCCUUUACAGAGUCCAGCAUUGCCGACCAGGGAGAACCUUUCAACACUCUGCCGGAUAUCCAACUCAUUCCUAGACUGGAAAAGGUUGAUUCCAUGUUUAUCGAAUGUAUGCACCCAAAUUUUGCGUGCAUCACGUGUUUGCGUGGAGUGUCGAUUGUCCUCGCAGAGGAUCCUUCGGAUGCAAUUUCCGGAAUCUAAAUCAGCAACUAGAGCAGCUUCGAUACUCCUCAGCACAUUGUAAGACAAUUCAUUCAAUUCCUCGUUACUCGCGUACGAAAAAGGUAAGGAACCUGCAUCCCUCUUAAGACGUUUAGCUGCGGUUGCCAUUGUGACUGUGGUUGUGUUCAUGUUAGCCUAUAAAAAA